GUGGCAAAAUAAUAUUAAAUGUAUACUUAAAUUGUUCUGGUCAUUUUAUUAUUGCAAUUUUUGAGGAGGUUCAGGCUGUCGAAUAAUAUAUUCUGGUCGUUAAAAAAUCAAAAAUUAUAUACUAUAUAUAUAAAUUUCUAUAAAAAAUAUACCAUUCAAGAGAUGAUUCGAUUAUAAAUUAAUGUUGCGAAAGACGUUAAAACUUGAUUCUAUUUCAUGUUUCUAACUUCCGAUGAAAUAAAUGGCCACGCGCUUCUCAGUGCUAAUUCUAGUAUUGAAUAUAAGGAUCAGGAUUGUAUUCUACAAAAAAAUGCACUAGUUGAGGAGGACAUAGUAAGAAUCAACCUUAAUAAUAUUAAAAGGCUAUCUAGUCAUACCUUCGGUGAUCUAAAACCUAUCAAUGGUAAAGAGAUAUCAAUACUUAAUAAAAUGGAAGGUGAGAACAUAAAAAUGGACAACGAUAAUGCCAGGGUGACGAAGGGGAAAAAUAUUUUUACGCAGGCGAAUUACGAUGCAAUGGUUCGAAAGGAUUUUAUACGGAGCCUCAACGGUUAUAGUUCCCCGAAAAAGAUUGCUAAUUCAGACCUUGAAUUCAUUGAAAAAGAGGAGAAAAAAACAUCCAUCUUAAGUGAUAGCAAUGAGAUGAAUGAGGUGUACAUUAACAAUAUCGACGAUAAAAAAUUAAACAGAAUAUCUAAUCAAGAAAUUGCUCUAAUUUCUAAUACCGGUGAUUCUAUCAAUAAUUUAUCUAUAUCUUCCUAUCCCGAUGCAAACUUAACAAUUACGGAAUCGAAUGAUAUACAUUUUAAUAAUAUGAGCAAUCAUAAAUCUGAUGCUAUUACCAGUAUUAUUAAUAACAAUUGUAAAAAUGAUGACAUUAAUUUCGAGAAACAAAUAAUUUUCGUAAACGCGGACAAUUCAGUCACCAUAAUUAAAAACGAAUUGUUUUUAGACAAAAAUGAUUAUUUUACCUCCGCCAACCUAGACGAUAACAUGGUUACGACUUUCAAUCAUUACAACGAUUUAGCUCAACAGUCCUUAUCCCGCAAGUUAUUGUUUAUUCCCUCAUCUAUAGAUGGUUCAUCACAGCAAGAUAUGAGGAGUCAUUCUUACAAUUUUAGUAUUCCUACAGGUAAUUUAGGCAAACAUCAUUAUCCGUUCCAUGAUCAUGACGGGAGGCAAAUAAACAAUCAUAAUUCUGAACCUCUAUAUCCAGAUGACUUGAUUCAACUUCAGCAACAACAAUUCCUAGGCCAACAGCAUCAUCUAUUGGUCGGUGAUGUCCCUUACUUCCCUCCCCCGCUUCAUCCCCAUCCCAUAUACAAUCACCAUCACCUAAAUCACCAACAUGACAGUUUUUCUAUGACGGUUCCAGCUCCAAAUAAUUUGCUUAGAUCAGGAGCUUUAGAAGAUCACCCUAUUUUACUCAACCAAGGUCAUCUUAAUCAUAGUCAGCAGCAUAAUAAUAAUAUCACCCAACAUAAUCAACAUCAAUUUUACCAUUCCGGUUUUACGGGAGCUAUACAAGGUCAAAACUCCACUUUCCAUCACUUCAUACCUCUUUCUAAUACCAAUUCACACAAUAAUCUUAACAAUAAUCACCCAACCCCUGAUAUGACAACUGAGCAACGCUUCGAUGAGAGAUCCGAAGAACCCAACAAAACUUACGUCGAUUCCUUCAACAGUUUAGAAAAUUUACAACCGAAAGAAGUAUCCUACACCGCUAAACAAAGAAUCUCCACAGGCAAAAACAAGAGAUCAGAUAUAAAUUCGAAUUCAGGAUCUCUCAAUUCGAUUUCCACUAUAUCACAAUACCAAACCGAGGCGCUAGCAAGCGCCAUGCCUGAAUUAAUAAACGAUCAGGAUAAAGGUUGCCUAGAGGAAAAUGAACAAAGUCUUAACGAGAGAAGAGAAAAAAUACCCAUGAUGGACGGAUAUGCUACUAUGAUAAGUUACACGGAUCGGCACCUUAAUCUGCAACAGCAAAUCGCUGCCCUGGGAGCUGUUAACUCUGAACGGAUUAUUAAUAACAAUAACAAUGAUAUCGAUAACGUUAACCAAACUUUCCAAGAGGAGGCUGAGGAUCAGAUGAGGAAAUUGUUCGAAAUGAGAGAAAGAGAGAGGCAAAUAUUGGAGAUGGAGUUUAAUCAAUUUCAGGAGUCAGCUCAUAAUUUGCACGGAUCUGAAGGCGGAAGGUACUUGAAUAUGUUUAGGUUACCUAAAUUGUCGCAAGAAAAUUUUUUGAACAUGGAGAAAGAAGGAAGGGACGAGAUGAGAUGUUCUUCAAAGCUUGGAAUGUUAGAGGGAAUGGAGAAUUUUCAACAGAGAAUGGCUACAGAUAAAGAACUGGUUACUUUAGAAUCUAGUAAUAAAAUAAUUAUGUCGUCUCUUGAUAAGCAAAAUCAAAAUUUUCAUAAUAAAAAAAUGAAGCACAUGAUAGAUGCUGCUGAGAAGGAGAGCAGAAGCAUGACACCUAAUCUAUAUAGUCCCACCCAUAAAAUGAUGGAUCAAUCAAACAAAAGAAAAGUAUUCUCAGCUACACCACCUUUAGCGAGUAAAAUGGAUUUUCAAGUGCCAUUUGAUCAGGAAAUAUUGAGGGAGGAAUUUAGGAGAAAAGCUUCAGAAAUGGAAUUCAACCCGGCCAUUAGGACUGCUAAUAGAAUGAAGAAAAAGGAUUAUAAUAGUACAUCGAUUUUGAAUAAGUCUCCAAACAAGGAUAGCCCAAACUCAACUCAAAAAUGUAUUGAUUCAAUUAUUAGAAACAAUAUAAACGAUUACCAUACCAAAACACUUAUGAGUAAUAACAAUAUAAUGAACCAAAUUAGCGAACGACAGGAAAUGAUGGAAAAUUCUGAUAUUUCCGAUAUAAAUAAUAUCACAAAAAGCUUUGUGUCUUUGGACCAGGGAAGCCCAUCGACUCCCAUACAUCUAAAUUAUCAACAUCAGAGAUUUAUUCAAUUCCUGGAAAAUACUUCUCCACCCCAAAAUGAUAUGGAGAGAAGUUUCCACAAUAAUCCGGUUAACUCCUUGAAUUCCACAACCGGCAAUGAGCCCAGUUCAGUCAUCAAGAAAAUCUCAUCGGCUAGUAUAAGACCCAAGAUAGAAAACAAAGAUCUGACCAUAUCUCCAAACAUUGUGUCGCCAAGCGAUAUAUUCUGUUCAGUGCCGGGAAGAUUAUCUUUAUUAAGCUCAACGUCAAAGUACAAGGUUACGGUGGGAGAGGUACAAAGAAGGUUGUCACCUCCUGAAUGUUUAAAUGCUUCUUUGCUAGGAGGAGUGCUUCGAAGAGCUAAAUCCAAAAACGGUGGUAAAACUUUGAGAGAUAAGUUGGAAAAAAUAGGACUUAACUUACCAGCUGGAAGAAGGAAAGCUGCAAAUGUUACACUUCUAACAUCGUUAGUCGAAGGCGAAGCCGUUCAUUUAGCCAGAGAUUUUGGGUAUGCUUGUGAAACGGAGUUUCCUUCUAAACAAGUGGCUGAAUAUAUAUGCCGUCAACAUGACCCAUCUGAAUACCCGACAUAUAAGAAUAUGGUUCUAGCAACUAAACAAGUUACUAAAGAACUUCUUGAUCUCCUCAAUAAAGACAGAUCCCCCCUAGGUAACUCAAGGCCUCAACAAAUCCUAGAACCCAACAUACAAAAAAAUCUCACACAUUUCAGCCUAAUCACCCAUGGUUUUGGUUCACCAGCUCUUUCGGCUUCCAUUCAAUCAAUACACAAUGUGUUGAAUGAAAUGCUAAAAGCCAUGGAAAAGGCCUCCAUGUCCUCUCAAAGUUCUGGGUACAUAGGAUUAGUCACAGCCCAAAACGGUUCUCAAAACAAUGUGUGGAAUCCUCCUGACAAUUCUCAAUAUUCAAAUAACAAUCACAUGCUAGAUAAUAGCAAAAAUCCCUUAGGGGUAAGUCAAGGACUAACUCAUUACGCUUUAAAUCAACAUCACGGAAUUGUCACCCAUAAACGCGGGCCUCAUGGCAACUCAAAAAAUGCGGGGACUGGUAUAAAUCCCAACAAAUCUCUUAGAAAUUCCGUUAUAAACAAUCACAACGCCAAAAACGUGAAAAGUAGCCAUAGCAACCAUACGUCUGAUAUGUCGAUGCCCGACAAAAAAGAUUCAUAUGAACAAAAGCUAAGUCAAGAAAAGAUGAUGAUGGAUAUAAGAAAUUUCACCGAGAAUAUUCCUUUGGAGCAACAGCAUCAAGCCAGAGAAAUGAUCUUGAACGCUAAUUAUGGCUUAUUGAUGAACAAUCAAGACGAUUACGGUACCAAGGAUACAGAAAUAAAUGUUCCUAUCGAUAAUGAAAACCAGCAAAGGUUGUUGGGUAUCAACAAUUUAAUGGAUGAGACCAAAAGGCGUCACAAGGCCUAUUUUUUAGACGAAAAUUCCCAGCACAACUCUGUCUUUAAUCGGUCAUUAAUGACUAGCCAAGAUCACCCCAAGAAAGCUUACCUGCAGCAAACAUAUACGUCGGAUGCUUCGUAUAAUAGCGAAAAUGGGGACCCCACUCCCGGCCAAUUUGACGAACGGCGGUAUAUGAUAAUCACAUCGGAAUCGACCAACAGAGUUGAAGAAAUCAGCGAGGAAGACAACGAUUCUUCCAAAAAACCUUCAAAUGUUAAUCAUAAUUUAAGACAAGAUAACGAUGUUGGAGAUUAUGGCAUGUUAGAUGUACGUUAUAACGAAAAUCAAUUGUUGGAUAGCAAAACUGAUUCAUUCAAUCUUCGUGGAUCUAUGGGUUCAUCUCCAGAAUCUGAACCCAUAAAGGAAGUAGGUUUUGUUGAUGAGGAAUUAGCCUUAUCUUCGUCGAAACAUCCAUUGGGAUUCAAGAAAUCCAAAUACAUGGAUGAUUUAAACGAUAAAUCAUCUGACAUAUCUAAUGUGGAAGGAAUGGAAUCCACCAUAAACAGUAUGAUAAUCAAGAAGGGGAUCAAAGAAUUAUCUUAUAGUCGCCAGUCUUCUCCAGACAGUAUAACCGAUAAUGUAAAUGUGGUUCAGGAAGAAUGAAUCUUCCUUUUUCUCCCACCAUAUAUAAAUUUAAGCGAAACAAACCUUUUACUCGAAAUUCAAUAAAAUUAUGCAAUUUUAGAUAAAAUAACGAUAUUUUUUUCAAUGUCAUAAAUUUUUUGCAAUAAUGAUAUUUUACUUUAGCCUGAAUAUACCGUAUCUUUAGUUUUGAAAACAUAUAACGAUUCUUUAUUAAUAGAUAUGUUCCUAUUUAUUUCAUACAUUAUAUAUUUUUUUUAGGAAAAUUUAUACAAUAUUAUAUACCUAAUUAUAUGUUUAAAAUUAAUAAGGAAAAUUAAUAAUUUUUUAUUUUCUCCAUGGAGGGCUAUCAAUCUCAUUUUUAUAAAACAGAUCUAUUUCUUUAUAUAUUAUAUUUAAUAUUAAAAAAAGCUUGAAAUUUAUUUAGAAAUUUUAACCGCGAGAUACAUUCAUUAUUUUAUUUUAAGAUAAUGUUGAACAUUCUACAUCUUCGUAAUAUUUCCCGUUUCUUUAAAAUUUUAAAAGAUUUAUUAUAAAUUAUGUAUAAACU